GAAAAUAAAAAAGUAAAAGAGAAAUAAGGAAAAGACAGAGGGCGAUCUCCGAACGAUCCAGCUUCAAAUGGUAUUGACAUGAUUCAGACUGGACUUUGAUUCACCGGUUUCAAUCGAUAUAGAACUGCAACUCUGCACACUGGAGCAGCUCACUUCUUACCGAUUUUCAGCUCACAUUCUACAAUGGUGAAGACCUACGUGAGAGAGAAUGUGCCGCUCUCUCGUUUUGGUGUCUUGGUAGCUCAGCUCGAAUCCAUAGUCGCCUCCGCUGCUCAACAGCCUCCGGAGCCCCUUCUCUGCUUCGACCUUCUUUCCGAUCUCAUUUCCGCCAUUGACGAAGAGCCCAAGGAAUCUAUACUUUUGUGGCAAAGAAAAUGCGAGGAAGCACUCUAUUCUCUGCUCAUUCUUGGUGCCAGACGACCGGUGCGUCAUCUUGCGUCAGUAGUAAUGGCAAGAAUUAUAUCCAAGGGAGAUACAAUUUCAGUAUAUUCACGAGUUAGUAGUCUUCAAGGGUUUCUGUCUGAUGGGAAAAGGAAUGAGCCUCAUAAGAUCGCUGGCAUUGCCCAGUGCUUGGGAGAAUUAUAUCAGCACUUUGGGAGAAAAAUCACUUCUGGUUUGCUUGAGACGACUAUUAUUGCUGCAAAGCUUAUCAGAUUUAAUGAGGAUUUUGUGAGACAAGAAGCUCUGCGCUUGCUUCAGAGUGCUUUAAAAGGAUCGGGGGGUUCUGCAGCUGCUUCAGCAUAUACUGAAGCAUUUCGUCUGAUUACUCGUGUGGGCAUUGGUGAUAAAUCAUUCAUUGUUAGAAUAGCAGCUGCAAGAUGUCUAAAGGCAUUUGCCAACAUUGGAGGACCUGGGUUAGGGGUUGGAGAACUUGAUAAUUCAGCCUCCUUUUGUGUAAAGGCCUUUGAGGAUCCAAUUUCAUCCGUCCGGGAUGCAUUUGCCGAAGCUCUGGGUUUGUUACUGGCUCUUGGAAUGAAUCCUGAAGCUCAGGUCCAACCAAGGGGAAAAGGUCCCUUCCCUCCAGCAAAGAAGCUAGAAGGCGGUUUACAUCGGCAUCUAUCUUUGCCAUUUAGUAAAGCAAAUGGACCACGGUUGAAGGAAAUUCGUGUUAGCCUUACAUUAUCUUGGGUGUUCUUUUUGCAGGCCAUUCGUCUCAGAUAUCUGCAUCCAGAUACUGGACUCCAAGACUAUGCACUGCAGGUUAUGGACAUACUUCGGGCUGAUACUUCUGUGGAUGCCCAUUCACUGGCUUGUGUGCUCUAUAUUCUUAGGGUUGGCAUUACUGAUCAAAUGACAGAACCCACCCAAAGGAGCUUCUUGGUUUUUCUUGGAAAGCAGCUGCAAUCUGAAGAUGCUAGCCCUUCAAUGAAGAUUGCUUGUUUGCGUACUUUGUCUUAUACUCUGAAAACUUUGGGAGAGGUCCCAUCUGAGUUUAAGGAAGUACUUGACAGCUCAGUUGUUGCUGCGGUUUCUCAUUCCUCACAACUUGUACGCAUAGAAGCUGCUCUAUCAUUGCGCACAUUGACAGAGGUUGAUCCUAACUGUGUUGGUGGGUUAUUUUCUUAUGGAGUGACCAUGCUAACAGCUCUAAGAGAGAAUGUUUCGUAUGAAAAGAAUUACAAUUUGCAAUUGGAGCUCGAUUCCUUGCAUGGUCAAGCUGCUGUAUUGGCAGCUUUAGUGUCUGUAUCUCCCAAACUACCUCUCGGUUAUCCAGCCAGAUUUCCUAGAUCAGUGCUUGAAGUAUCAAAGAAAAUGCUGACAGAUCCCUCCCGCAAUCCUGGUGCUUCCACUGUCGAGAACGAAGCUGGAUGGUUACUUUUAUCAUCAUUAUUAGCUUGUAUGCCUAAGGAGGAACUUGAAGACCAGGUUUUUGAUAUUCUUUCCUUGUGGGCUGCGUUUUUUACUGGAAACAUGGAACAUGAAAUCAAGCAAACUGAAGAUUUGACUUCAAAGAUAUGUGUUUGGUCUACUGCCAUUGAUGCGCUUACAGCAUUUAUUAGAUGCUUCAUUUCUCCAAAUGUCCAAAGUGCUGGGGUUUUUCUUCAACCAGUGAUUGUUUACUUGAGCAGAGUUCUAUCCCAUAUUUCAUUAUUAGCGAUCAAGGAUCUAGCCAGUUCGAGACCUGCGUUAAACAUCUUGAUCAUAAGGACGUUAAUUGCUUACCAGUCUCUUCCUGAUCCCAUGGUGUAUAAAAAUGACCACUCUCAGAUUAUUCAGCUAUGCACAACUCCUUUUAGGGAUGCAUCUGGAUGUGAAGAAAGCUCGUGCUUGAGGUUACUACUUGACAGACGAGAUGCAUGGUUGGGUCCAUGGAUUCCUGGAAGGGAUUCGUUCGAGGAUGAGCUUCGUGCUUUUCAAGGGGGAAAAGAUGGGCUUGUGCCUACGAUAUGGGAAGAUGAAAUUUCAAAUUUUGCUCAGCCAGAGACAAUAAACAAAAUAUUGGUGAACCAGAUGCUUCUGUGCUUUGGGGUUAUCUUUGCUUGUCAGGACAGCAGUGGAAUGCUGUCCUUACUUGGAGUCAUGGAGCAGUGUCUGAAAACCGGAAAGAAACAGCCAUGGUAUUCUGCUAGCGUCACUAAUAUAUGUGUGGGGCUGCUUGCAGGUUUCAAGGCGCUUCUGUCUUUGCGUGUGCCAUCUGUAAGCCUUGAGAUUUUAAGUUCUGCCCAGGGUAUUUUUCAGAGUAUUAUAGCUGCUGGAGACAUUUGUGCAUCACAACGUAGAGCUGCUGCCGAAGGUCUUGGGUUAUUGGCCCGUCUUGGGAAUGACAUUUUCACUGCAAGAAUGAUCAGGUCGCUACUUGGUGACCUAACUGGAAUGGCAGACUCUGCUUAUGCCGGAUCAAUUGCUUUGGCACUCGGCUGCAUACAUAGAAGUGCAGGAGGGAUGGCUCUGUCAACAUUAGUUACAGCAACGGUGAAUUCAAUAUCUAUGCUAGCUCGAAGUUCAGUUACCAGUUUGCAGACAUGGGCUUUGCAUGGACUUCUUUUGACUAUUGAAGCUGCUGGCUUGUCCUAUGUAUCCCAAGUUCAGGCGACUCUUAGCCUUGCACUGGAUAUCCUUCUAUCAGAGGAGAAUGGAUUAAUUGACCUUCAGCAAGGAGUCGGUCGCUUAAUAAAUGCUGUUGUUGCUGUUCUUGGUCCUGAACUGGCCCCAGGAAGCAUUUUCUUUUCACGUUGCAAGUCCGUUGUUGCAGAGAUCAGCUCCUGGCAAGAAGCAUCAAUCAUGCUUGAGAGUGUCCGAUUUACACAACAACUUGCUUUGUUUGCUCCACAAGCCGUUUCUGUGCGCACCCACUUGCAAGUUCUUCUCCCAACAUUAGUCUCUAAACAGCCAACAUUGCGACAUCUUGCUAUAGCUACUCUACGGCAUCUUAUUGAAAAGGAUCCAGUUCCAAUCAUCGAGGAGCAAAUAGAGGAGAGCUUAUUUCAUAUGUUGGAUGAAGAAACUGAUUCAAACAUUGCAAAUAUGGUGCGGACCACAAUCGUGCGCUUACUGUAUGCAUCAUGCCCUUCGUGCCCUUCCCACUGGAUAGCAAUAUGUCGAAAUAUUGUGCUCGCUACAUCAACAAGAAUAAAUAUUGAGUAUAAUUCCAACUCAGAAAAAGAUUCUUCAAAUGCUCUAGAUGGUGACAUAAAGUCGGACGUUGGAGAUGAUGAUGAGAAUAUGGUUUCUAGCCACAAGAGAGUUCCAAUACCAGGACAUACUUUAGAGGCUUCCAAUACUAUUACUCAAAGGGAUAAACACCUUAGAUAUCGAACCAGAGUUUUUGCUGCCGAGUGUCUCAGUCAUCUACCUGGCGCAGUUGGAAAGAAUGCAGCUCAUUUUGAUCUUUAUUUAGCAAUGAAUCAAUUGCCUAAUGGACCUAGCUCUGGUGAUUGGCUAGUCCUUCAUGUGCAAGAGCUUAUUUCACUUGCUUAUCAGAUUAGCACAAUUCAAUUUGAAAGUAUGAAGCCAAUUGGUGUUGGACUCCUAAGUUUGAUUAUUGAUAAGUUUGAACACAUAGCUGAUCCUGAGCUUCCGGAUCACCUUCUAUUGGAGCAAUAUCAGGCCCAAUUAGUAUCUGCAGUUCGCUCUGCCUUGGAUACAUCUUCUGGCCCUAUUCUUUUGGAGGCCGGACUGCUGCUGGCCACUAAGAUCCUAACGAGUGGAAUAAUUGAUGGUGAUCAAAUUGCUGUUAAGCGCAUUUUUUCAUUGAUAUCACGGCUAUUGAAUGACUUCAAGGAACUUUAUUAUCCUUCUUUUGCUGAAUGGGUCUCAUGCAAGAUUAAGGUUAGACUUCUGGCUGCACAUGCCUCUCUCAAAUGUUACACAUAUGCACUUUUGAGGAGACACCAGAGUGAAGUUUCAAACGAGUAUCUAGCCCUGUUACCAUGGUUUUCAAAGAGUUCCAAUAUUUUGGGAAAGCACUGGAUCGGGGUUCUAAUGGAUUACGCCCAUACCGGCUUAUUCAUGCAUCCCAAGAAAAAAUGGAAUCCAUUUCUCGAUGGAAUUCAAUCACCUCUGGUUAUAUCGAAGUUACAGAUUUCAUUAGAGGAAUCUUGGCCAGUUAUUUUGCAGGCAAUUGCACUGGACGCAAUUCCAGUGAACCUUGAUGAGAUUGCAAAUUCAUCUCUUAAUAAUGCAUUAGAAAACAACUUUUUAUCUGGAUAUAGCAUGGUUGAACUGGAAUCUAAAGAAUAUCGAUUUUUAUGGAGCUUUGCUCUUUUUUCUCUGUUUCGUGGACGUCAUCCUCUUGGGGAACAGAAAAUAACAUCACCUUCUACUGCAGCAAGUGUUGUUGAAGACUCUCCAGUGGAAACUACUAAUUCUAUAGAACUAAAACUCUAUGAAAUUGUACUGCCCGUUCUCCAGUCUUUAUCAACAGUAAAAUUCUGUACGGCUGGAUUUCUUACAGUCGAUAUCUGCAUAGAGCUUCUUCAGGUUUUCUCAUAUUACACGUUCUUGGAUAUUUCUUGGAAUUCUCUUGCAGUGUCUGUACUGUCCCAGAUUGUUCAGAACUGCCCUGAAAGUUUUCUUCAAAAGGAAGACUUUGCUUACCUGGCAUUGGAAUUAUGUCUGGCUUUCCUUUUUCGAAUGUAUCAGAGACAGCUAGAUCAUCCACAUUGGGAGGAUUUGAUAUCAUCAUUAUUUCUUACCGUAAAGGUACUCAUGGAGCGUUUUGAAUUUAAGAAACAAAUACUAUCUUUGCUGCUGGCCUUUUACUCCAUUGGACUGAAAUACUUCAGGAACACGUCGACUGAAUUCUGCUUAUCUAAAGUAAAUGACUUUAUUAGGUCCUUUGGCCGUAUAUUAGAGAAACUUAUCCAAGAUAGAAUCAAGCUCGGCGAGGAGAGUCUUCAUUCUAACAUGCUUCUUGGAACCUGUAUGAGUUUGGUUGUGGAUUUGUGCAACAAUUGUGUUGAGGGCAUUCAUUUGGUUAAGAACAAAAGCUCCAAGCUCCAGAGACUACUGCAAGUAAAGCUUGCUUUUUCUCUAGAGCAAAUUAUUUCACUGGGAAAGCCGGUUUAUCUUGCUGCGUGUCUUGAAGAGGAUAAAGAGAUUGAGAGAGUAUGUUUUUCUGUUUUCAAAUAUGGAACUGAAUGCAUCAGAAACGUGCUUCAUGAUUCAAAUUCGCAGGUUCAGGCAAUUGGGUUGCAAGUACUAAAAGGCAUGACCCAAAAAUACACAAGUAACGAAGAAAAAGCUUUCCUUCUGUUCUUUGUUGGGGAACUCAUUGGAGACGUUUUGGCGACCAUCGAUAUGGUUCUGAAGCAGAAACCAAUAACUAAAGAGUCGAUAGGGAUCGCGAUUGAGUGCUUGAGAUUCUUAGUGCUUCUACAAACACUGUCCAAUGUCAGUGAAUGCCAGAAAACGUUUAUGAAUCUGCUUUUAGAAGCCGUAGUCAUGAUUUUCUCUGCCUCUGCAAGCUCUAAUGCUAAGGAACUCGAUGAAUUGAGAAGCACAGCAAUAAAGCUUGUUUCUCAUCUUGCUCAGAUACCUUCCUCUGCUGUUAUUUUCAAGGAUGUUAUACUGUCAAUGCCAGUGAUGCAUCGGCAACAACUACAGGGGGUUAUCCGUGCUUCGGUCACACAAGAUCAAAACCCAACUCAGAAGAAUCUCUCAACACCAAUUCUGCAGAUAAGAGCACCAGCGAUUGAGGUGAAUAGAGAGAAAGUUUCCCCGCCACAUACGGCUGAGGCCAGCACUGAAAGCAAUCCUGUAACUGUCAUUGAACAUGAUGAGGAUGAGGAUGAGGAUGAGGAUGACGAUGACUGGGAUACCUUCCAGUCUUUUCCUGCUUCCACACGAGAAGUAAUAACCGAUAAUGUCGCAGAAUCUCGUGAAGUUGAGGACUCAGUUCUUGAAAGUAGUAGUCCUAGCGUUAGCAUGGAAGACCCUACUUCCCUUCCGAUUGAACAUGGAGAAACCAGUGAAGAAGUAUCAAUGUCUAUAUCUUCAACAGGUCAGAGAUCUUCAGACGGAGAUCUAAUUGGCGAGAGGAGCGGAAUGCAAGGAGUCGGUGAUCAAGAAAGUGGUGAGGAACAUGCCAUAGAAAAAGAAACUUUGCCAGGACAAAAACGAAGCCAAAUGACUGAACAAGUAUCAUCUCAACUUCAACUAGCUGAAGUUGUAGAAGAUUCUGCUACAGUCAAUUCCUUGGAGGAUCAUAAACCAGUCGACGAAAGCCCAGAAAACCAAACCGAGCUGAUGCCUUCAGAUCGUGAAAUACUCGACAACAAUGCAGAUAAUGAUCAUGUCGGAGAAUAUGAAGGUAAGGAAAAGGAUACUGUGGUUAAAACGUCGAGUGUUGACGAUGAACAGAGAAAUGACAGUUUAUGAUCACCAAUAUAGAAUCAUUGUUAUAGUUGAGCCAGUUUUCAGGCUUACAAUAGAAUUGAAGAUACUACCAUCAUGUUUGUAGGUUAAAUGUUUGGUGGUUUUUUCCCCUUUAAUAGUUUUAUUACAUGAAAGAUGAGUUCUUAUAGAAAGGGGUACUUAUAUGGACUCUCUCGUAAGUUCCAUCCUAAGAUUGUGUUGGCUUCAACCGGUUGAGAUAUUUGAGUCGAGUUUACUUAGGUUACUCGUGCCAUUCAUUUAUAAUUUUGUAAAAAGGGACGCAAAAACAAUGGUGUACUUUGAGAAUUUAUUUACAUUUUUUCAU